AUGAACCAAAACCUUAACGAUUUGACUCCGAUCAACAUAAAAAAGUUUUCAGACGUUUUUGAAAAAACAUUGCUCGAAAUCUCUAUUCUCGAAUCACUAUACGGAAGUUGUGAUUUUAUUGAAUACCUUAAAAAUGUUUUCCAAACUUCUAUCGAAGACCUACAUAAUUUCGGAACGCUAAAUACACUAGCGGUUGUCAGCGAUGAUAAUCUUACUGAAUGGAAAGCGGAGAAAAACGAACAAACUCUAGAGGAGCAACAUUGCUGCUCAAAUGACCAAGAAUUUUUACAAGAAUACGAAUCGUUUGAAAAAAAAAUGCAAAUAUUAAAACGGGAAAAAAAAGAUAUCGAUUCGGUUAUUGAGAAGUGUACUGUAAGUUUUUUUUCAAACCUAUAAUUAUUUAUAACUGACACGGUAAUAACUAACAAUUUGACACACAAUAAUAAUCUAGCUUAAUAACGCUAUUAAUAAUAAUUGUAAAAUAAUAUGUUCUACAUGAGUAUAUAGUAUUAUAAAAAUAUGGCAAAGACGAAAAACGUAGAUUUCAGUAGACAGUUGGAUAUAUGACCUCCACUAAAAAUAUUAUACUUCAAUAAUUAAUAAUUAUAUAUUUGCUCGAUAAAAUAUUAUUAAGAUAAUUUUAAAUAAUGAAUAGAGCAAGGAAUGUAAGUAGUUUUACUAUAAUGUAUUUUCAUUUUAUUUUUUGUGUCUGUAAAAAUAAUUUUCUACCAAACAUCUUGUUCCAAUCAAAAACUGUAUAAGAACUUUCUUGUUGAUAUUUUUCCAUCUAUUUGGUGUAUUGGAAAAUCAUUUGUUUUUAUUUUCCUUGUAGUUUUCUGAACAAAUGGGUAAAACUGGCAAUUUAUUGCAUAAUAUUUGUUGAUUUCUGCAGUUACUUUAGCAACAAGGGAAAAAAUAUGUCUAAAAAUACUCUGCUCAAAAUCGUUUUUCGUUAGCAAUAGUUUAUCAUUGCGUACAUAUUACAGAAAAUCUCUACUAAAACCUGCACAAGUCCAUAAAAGUGGCACACUCGUUACUGAUCAGUGAUCAACAAUAUCAGAAUUAUAAUUACCCCAUUUCUCUUUAACAACUCUAUCAAUACAGUUAAAAUUUGAAACCCCUGCUCGUUAAUAAGUAUAACUAAUACCUAUGCUGAAUUGUUUGAAAACAGUUGGUUUGAUAAUCUAUCAGUUCUGUAAAAUGACAGUUAUUGAACAGAUUAUGUUUUAUGAACGUAUUUCAUCCAUAUCAAAUAAUACAAUGUUAUAGGUAAUUCUGGUUGUAAUCAUUCAUAAUGUAUUAACAAAAAAAUGAAAAAUCUUAUUCCAACUCAUUAAUUGUGUUUGAAGUUUGAAUAAAUAAUUUUAAUAAGUUUGUUUUACAUUUUUAAGUUCAAAUAUUUGUAGACUUUAAGAGAAUUUUAUUUAUCUCUAUAAACCACGUUUGCCUUGGAGAUUAAUCAAUAUUUCAAAUACCUCAGAUGAGUCUGAUUAAAAUAAAAGUAAUGAAAUUGGCAUUUUGUUUAUAUUACGAAUAGCACCUCGGAAACAAUAAAAAUUAAACUAUGGUUUUAUGUGCCAACAAAAUUAUUAUUAAAUAUUAAAUAAAUUUAUCUGAAGUGACUUUAAAGUAAAAAAUAGUUGAAUGUGAGUUUUUAACUAAUUAUGGUCCAAUGACGCCUAUAAAUAUCAAUUAUUAUUAUUUAUCUAUUUAUAGAUUAAUGGUGUUCAGUUUGAUUUUUUUUAAUUUUCAGUGUUGUUAUUAUUACAUCAUUACUUCUACUUUAUUAAUUGUUGCUUUUUAUUGUUGACUUGGUAUUAUUAUUAUUUACCUACUGUAAGAUAUUUUUACAUGAAACUUUUUUUGUUUUAAUAUUAUAUUAUUUCUAAUUAGUGUAUAACUUAUUUGGCCCGUCCCAAUUAAAUACAAAUAAAUAAAUAUUUAUUUUUGGAAUAUUCUGUAUUUUGAGGUAAAACAGUUCUAUGAAUUUACAUAACUGAAAUAAGUUAUAUAAAAGUUAAACAGUAUAUCGAUUCGAUAACUCUGUGUUUGAUAACAUUUAUUAAUUUUAUAGAACCGAUAAUUGGCUGUCGAUUUUAUAUAGCUCCGUGCGACCCGAUACAUAACAUUUAAUUAUUAAUAUAUUUAUAGGAAAUUGGAGAACGGACGAUAAUACGCAAAGAAACAGAAAAAAAUUAUGUAGACAAAUGGGAAAAAGCAAGAGUAGAAAAUUUCAAAUUUAAAUUUAAAGCCAAAGAACUAGAGUUGCAAAGAAAAAUAACUAAAUUACAAGAAGAAUUAGAAACUGAAAAAAUAGUAGAUACACAGUACGAACAAUUUUUAAAGUACAGUAUAAACGUAAGCUAUAAUAGUGUUGUCUUAUAAGUUAGGUAUGUAUUUGUUUUGGAAAAUAAAAUAAAAAUAUUUGAUUUUUUUUUAGGAAUUAGAAAAACAGAUCGAAUAUUGGGAGUACAAAUACAAAACUGACAUUAUGGAGAUAGAUGAAAAAUUGAAAAACCUCAUGAUAAUAUUAAAUGAAAAAACAAGAAAAAUCGACAGUUUAGAAAAAACAGUAAGACAAUUUUUAACAUCCGUGAAGAUGGCCCUUCCACUUUGUACUAGAAACUUAUAGCUAGUAUUCAUAUAUUGCAAUUAAUUUGCUAAAAUUUGCUCUACGAUUUUUAAAUUUGUGUACCCUUGGUUUUUGCGGUAAACAACUUCGUUUACUAACUUUGAUAUACUCAUAUAAUAUUUUAUUAAAAUUUAACAAAUGUCAUUACUUUUUUACUAAGGUGGACCAUGUUUAGAAAAUUAAAUCGUUGAUACGAGGUAAAAAUACUCUGAGCUACUACUAAGUAAAACUUGUAAUGAAUUUCGUGUUAAAUUCUCAAACAUUUCUGUUUGGUGAAUACAUUUUAUCCACAUAGUUCUUACCAAAGAAAAAUUAGUUAAAAAAAUGACGGACAUACUUCGCACAAGGAUGCAGCAGUCACUGUUAUAGGUGGGAAGUUGGGAAGGUAAAAUUCAGAAGGGAAUUUAAUGUAUAUCUUAAAGCAACGAUAAGCCAUUGCCAAUGAAAAAACGAUUCUGAGCGGAAUUCAGUUGAUAGUAAUGCUUUGUCAACAAUAUAUAUGUCAUAUUAAGUUAAAAUAAUUAAAUAAGCAUUAUAUAUUUUCUUUAAUAAUAUUUGUUUAAUAUCGUACCAAAAUUUCCGUUUUACCUACGUUUUUCCCGGUCUUCCCAUGUUUUAUCUCGGUUAUUCACAUUUGCUGGGAAAACUCUUGAGAGAAUCAAAAAAUGACUUCUUUAAAGUACCUUCCCAGUCAAAUUUCCUUCAGGAAAAGUGCUAUUAUUGUAAAUCAAAGCAAAAUUUCUAGUAAAGUAAUUGUCUACAGAAAAAAAAUCGUAAUAUUUUACUUAUAUAUUUCGUACAUUAUUCCGUUUUGUAUUUUAAGCCACUGGAGGUAUAUAAAUAACCUCUAACCUCCCCCUAUAUUUGCUACUGUCUAUCAGAAGUCUUAGUGGUCCCAUAUAAUUUUUAUGUUAAAUAUAAAAACAUAAUUCGGCUCAAAACAAUUAAGUUAACGAUUGUUUACAUCGUUUAAACAAUAUAAAAGAAUUAUAUAAAACCGAUAGAUUUUAUUUUAUGAAACCUCUUCAUCUAACUAAAAAUCGAAUAAAAUAAAUUUGUAUUAAAAUUUAUAAUAAAAAAAAAAGAGUUAAGACUGGAACGGGUGUGAACACUAUUUUAGGUGGGGAGUUAUGAAGGUAAAGUUUUAUAAUUUAUAUCUAUACAAAAUAAUUAAUCAUUGUUAACGAAAAACGAUUCUGAGUGAUGCUCAGUCUAUAUUAUUGCUUUGUGCAUUUUCACGAUGAAGACGUUUGUUUAAAAAAGAUUUUAUUUAUUUAAAACACGGGUUAGUAGCUCAAUGGUUAAAAUUAUAUAGUAGAUUCUCUGAGUGUUUCUAGUUCCCACAUAUCUUAAUAUCUUCUACCAAAAUAUACGUGGUCUUAAAACUAAACUCGUCUCCUUGAAAACCAAUUUCCCUAUUUUUGUCUCAUAUGAUAUUAUAGUUUUGACAGAAACUUGGCUCUCUUCCGAUAUCUCUAACUCUGAACUAAGUUUAAUAUGGAAAAUAUCUUCAAUUACACCUAUCUUAUAUACUUGCCUAUCUUUAUGUCUCUCUAUGGUUCAGUCACUGCUAUUAUCUGUUGUUAUCUGGCACCUAUAUUUGGAAAAAUAUCAACUAAAAUAAGGCUGGAGAGUGUGCAAAAUAAAUGUCUAGCGUAUGCUGCUUUCGUUCACAAAUUACCUGAUCCAUGAGCCAUGAUUUUUACACCUUGUUUACGUGAAGUUUUGAAUAUUUAAUCACUCUAUUCUCGUCGUUCCAAUGCUGACCAGCAUUUUAUUAUUGUUUUACUCAAUGUGUUAUUUAGAUACAACUGACAUACUUUCAGAUAUCUCCUACACACUCUAUAUCAUAUGGCCAUAACAAUCAUACAUACCGCAUGCUCCGAUCAUUCAAAUAGUAAUCAAUCAUCUCUGUAAUAUUUUUAUUUAUUGUUUUUUAUUUUAAGUAUCUAAUUUUCUGUUAUUGUUCGUACUAUAUUUUAAUCUUAUAUUGUAUUGUCCCACGGCGUAAACUUGUAAAUAAAUAAAUAAAUGAUCUAAUAUACAGGGUCAUUCAAAUUGCACGAUAUAGUCAGAUUUUCAAUGAAAUAUUUAUUUUAAAAAAAAUGACUUAUGUAAAAACUUUUUGAAAUCGUAUUAUAUAUUCUAAAAUAUUACGUUAGCCUAAUUUUAGAGCGUGAAACGACUACUUACUUUUGAUUUUCAAAUGACAACUUAUGUUCGAAAUUCAAUAAAUAGUUGGAAUAUUCAAAUGUUUUUGUGUUGAAAUUAUUGAUCUUCAUUAACUCGUUGACGAGAUAUUCCACUUUUAAGUUUGGGUAGGGGAGAGUAGUAGAAUCCUCACGGGUUGCAAUUUGUAUUACAAACUGCAUUAUAGUAUACGUAUUUUGAAGUAUAUUUGAUGACUAACUUUUUGUGUGUUUAAUUUUAAAUUUCAGUAUAACGAGAGACAAAUUAUUAUCGAGGAACACGUGUUGAAUAAGCGAAAAUUGGAGGAACUGAAAAAACUCAACGAGCACAGGGAAAAAAUGGCUACGAAAAUUCAAGCUUGGUGGAGAGGCAUUAUGGUCAGACGUCGUUUGGGUCCUUAUAAAAAUUUGUUAGGGCCUAGAAAAAAAAGUCUUAAGAAACCGUUAGUAAAUAAAAAAAAAAAAACGAAGGGCAAGUAA